UCCAAAUUGUUUAUGCAUUUGGAAAACCUCAACAAAGCCUCUUCUCCAAGAAACUCUCGCAUUUCAUAGACAGAGAGAGAAAGCAUUCAAAUAGAGUUAAGCUUUCACAAAAUUUCCUCUUCCUUGACUGCUAAAUCCCUGACAAAACCAUGGUUCUCGAGGCGACUAUGAUAUGUAUUGACAAUUCAGAAUGGAUGAGAAAUGGGGAUUACUCCCCAUCUCGAUUAAGGGCCCAGUCAGACGCCGUUAGUCUCAUUUGUGGAGCCAAAACACAAUCUAAUCCGGAGAAUACAGUGGGAGUACUGACGAUGGCGGGAAAAGGGGUUCGUGUUUUAACUACGCCUACUACUGAUCUUGGGAAAAUAUUGGCUUGCAUGCACGAUAUUGAAAUGGGGGGUGAGAUGAACAUAGCAGCUGGGAUUCAGGUUGCUCAAUUGGCCCUUAAGCAUCGCCAGAACAAAAACCAGCACCAAAGGAUAAUUGUUUUUGCUGGAAGUCCUUUGAAAAAUGAUAAGAAGGUGAUGGAGAUGAUAGGUAAGAAAUUGAAAAAGAACAGUGUAGCUCUUGAUAUUGUUAAUUUUGGUGAAGAAGAUGAUGGGAAGCCAGAGAAGUUGGAAGCACUUCUUGCUGCCGUAAAUAACAAUGAAAGCAGUCAUAUAGUUAAUAUUCCUCCUGGUCCAAAUGCUCUUUCUGAUCUACUUAUCAGCACACCCAUCUUCAAUGUUGAUGGUGGAGGAAGUGGCUUUGCAGCAGCGGCAGUGGCAGCUGCAGCUGGCAAUGUUUCUGACUUUGAAUUUGGUGUAGAUCCCAAUAUAGAUCCUGAGCUGGCUCUUGCCCUUAGGGUUUCUAUGGAAGAGGAGAGAGCAAGACAAGAAGCUGCUGCUAAAAAGGCUGCUGAUGAAGCUGUGAAAGAAGGAAAAGGAGAGGAGCCACCAUCCAGUUCACAGGAUGCAACAAUGACAGAGAAUUUUAACGCAGCUGCUGAAGCAACUGAGAAGACUGCUGAACCAAUGGAUGAGGAAAAUGCUUUACUACAACGGGCUUUGUCAGUGUCCAUGAAUACUACUGGGCCUGAUUCCUCUGUGGCUGAUGCUGUUAUGUCAGAAGCUAAUGAGGAUAAGGAGUUGGCCUUGGCUCUUCAAAUGUCCAUGCAGGAGGAUAUUAAAGAUCCAUCAAACCAGACAGAUAUAAGCAAGGUGUUAGGAGAUCAGUCUUUUGUCUCAUCUAUUCUUACAUCACUUCCAGGAGUUGACCCAAAUGAUCCUUCAGUGAAAGAUCUGAUUGCAUCUCUGCAAGGUCAACCUGAGUCGUCCCAACAGAAGAAAGAUGAAGAUGAGCCACCGAAGGCUGACAAGUGAAGAUACAAUGGCCUUGUAUCGUGGCAACUCAUAUGUUUCUCAUGGCAUAGUUCAAAUCAAGAUCGGAUGCAAACACAGCUCUUGGAGACAGCUAAAACCCUAUUGAAAUAUUGUGGCUUUUUUAUUUUCUGUUUUAGAGGCAGUUUGUUGGCUGUCAAAAGGUUGGAGUGAUUGGCUAUACCUUAAUGAAUGCUUUCAUGUAUCUUUUAGGAAUGGGAUUUCUAAUGACCUUGUGUUUUGCUUCAUUGAAGAAAGGACCAUUUAAAUUUGUUGUACGAAUCCUGUGCUCUAUGGUUUGGAUUGGAUUGAAUGGUAUAUUUUGAUUGAGCAA